AUGACGAAGCCAGGCAAGUUACUGAGAAAGGUGAUCCAUGAUGGGGGUUCAGAGAAGACCCUCCCAAACAUGAAUCCCGACGUGGACCGCUCCUUCCAGUUCCAGGCCAAGACACGCAUGAAUGUCUUCGGUAUGAUGCUCACCCUCGGUACCUUCUUCAUCGUGCCCGUUCUGACCUACGUGGGCUUCUACUUCUUACCCGUGCAUGUGCCUCCUCUUCUAGGCAUGGCUGAGCGGCUCGCGUUCGCUCUGAGAUGUCAGGGCUGGGCCAUCAUCCCGUUUGCUCUCGGUAUCCUCUCGCUCAUGGUCGGGCGUCUUAGAGGCAAGGAACCCAAGGAUCUUGUGUCUACUGAGCACUACGUUCGACACACCAUGGAGCAGUACAUCAUGCUCUUCAUUAACACCGUUGUCAUGGUAACCUUCAUACCGGAUGAAUAUCUUAAGAUGGUACCAGUGUGUGUUGGCAUCUGGGUGGUUGGUCGAUUCAUUUACUGGGCCUCGUACUCCCUUCGACCCCAGUAUCGUGGGUUUGCCUACGGUAUUGCCAUGUUACCCAAUGUCGCGAUGAUGGUUUAUAAUCUGAUAGGAAUGUUCGACCCAGGCUUCACCCAUGGACUCCAUAAGUAA